UUGGUGCGCUUUACCGACGGAGUCAUUGUAACAUUACUAAAUAUUUUUGAGUACUCAGUGGGACCAAACGUGCGAAGUUCCGAGUCAACAGGGGGGACACCAGCGUCCGUACAACAACUGAGGCGGUGGGUUGAGAGGAGGCAUUAUUGGAAAUUUUCGAUGUCACAUGGAAGUCUGCUGAUACCUUGUAGCGAGAACGUUUAUGGCAGCCUGAGAGCUCGGAUCCCGAUUAAUAAGUGGAAAGUGGGCCGCACGUGAGGUUUCCCUGGGUCUACAGAGCCGGUAUCGUGGAAGGAAGAUAAGAAGAGCAGUUCUGCGUACAUGCUGAGGAGAGGCCGUUCCUGCACCUAACUGCAGCGCCACAACCGUUCUCAUUCGCCUUUGGUUGACGAAAUACGUGGUACGCCAUGACUCCUGUUUCUGGACGUUCCGAAGGUCCCGUGGCGACGGCGUGUCCACCCCAGGACAGCUGCUGGAGCAUACCUACGGUGGCUAUGUGCGCCUCGUUCCUCCUCUGCAUGACGCAAACCAGCACGGGCUAUUUGUACGUGCUAUUCAUGGAGAAGUUUCGCGUCAAUCGAGAGGUGGCUUCCUGGCCGGAGAGCAUCAUGAUGCUCACGCAGAACCUGGGCGGAUUCGUGGUCACGGUGCUCUACAGUAGACUCCCCAUCUUCUAUGUGACUCUACUGUCGGCUUCUCUCUGCAGCGCUGGGCUCGUCGGCGCCGCAUUCGCACCAGAUAUGAAAUGGAUGAGCGUCAUGCUCGGAGGAAUAUAUGGCACAGGCUGUGGAGCAUCGAUCAUUUCUUUCACCGUGAUGACAAUGUUGUACUUCGAAAAGUACAGAGCUACAGCUACGGCCUGCAAGUACAUCGGGUGGGCCGCAUCGGGACUAUCUGGGCCCCUAGUUUUUUCAGCCACCGCCUCAAAUUACGGCUUGGGAGGAAGUCUGCUUAUCGGUGCUGCAAUCGCGCUGAAUGCCCUGCCACUGGAGAUGUUGCUCCGCUAUCCACGUCCCGUCAUACUGAGGUUUUUGCGGGGUACUGGGCGCAACCAACCGGUCAAAGACGAUGCAACCACAAAUGUUAUCACAAGAAACAGCAAAGAUGCUCGGGAAGCUCAGAAUGAUUUGAAGAUCGCACGGUCAGUUUGCGCUGUGCCGAAGCAUGAAGUAAACUUAAAUUUUCAGACACGACAUGGAGUUUUUAGUGAGACGUGGUGCGACGAAAAAAAUAGCAUUGACGCGAAGCAAGAAACAGAGACAUACCAAUUAUCAUGCCAGCUGUGCGCCACACCCAGCCGCCGGCGAAUGUCGGCCAGCAGUAGCCAAUCUCAGAAAGUGAACAGCCGGCGCGAAUCAAAAUGUCAUUCUGGCGACACGCGCGUUUCUUACGGAACGCAGACAACUACAUUCUCGAAGUCGGUGCCCUCUGAUUCAAUUAAAGGCAUCCUGGAACAAUUGGCUCUGUUCCGUCAGCUUGCCUUCUAUGUACUGCUCGUCGUGUACGCCCUCUGCGAUUGUGCCAUAUCGAUGCACACAACCACGAUUGUGGACUAUGGCCGGGACAGGGGAUCUCCGCUUGAGGAGGCAAAGCUGGUGCUCACGUACAAUGCAGUAGGCCAGUUUGCCGGAAGGACUAUUUUGCCGUUCGCCUCGGACAACGUGGCAAAUAGCCGGUGCCCGCUGGCCGUCUUGUGCUUCGUCGGAGCCGGCGCCUGGUUGGUGCUUAUGCCGUUGGUGCAGUCCUUGCCUGCCUUCGUGGUGCUAAACGUGGUGCUGGGAGUGUGCCAGGGUUUCGUGACAUGCAUCCGCAGCGUCCUGGUCAACGACUACUGUGGAGUGGAGCGGCUGCCUACGUUCUUCGGUAUUCUCGGACUAGCGCUGGUGCCGCUGUCGUUUAGUGCGCCUACAAUCAUAGGAUUCUUCCGCGACACGCUCGGCUCGUACGACAACUUCUACCGGAUGCUGGGAGGAGUGAAUAUUUGCAUCGCGGCCCUGCUGUUCAUUCUCGUGUGGCGCGACAAGAUGCGAAGAAAAUCUUGUGACUUGCCCGGGCCAGCAAUGGGAUGCUUAACUGAACUCGCUGGUGCAGAUCAGUGACAUAACGUUUUCAAGCCUUUAGCACUCAUAAGACACUUCGAUCACGCACUUUGCUGUUUCUGACUACCUAUCUGUCUAUGUAUGUAUGUCUCUAACCAC